UUAUUGUAAUAGCGCUCUCGGGCCGGCGGGGUUCUUUCUGGACGCUACAGCAAUGGCGGAGCAGCAGCAGCAGUUCUACCUCUUACUGGGGAACCUGAUGAGCCCUGAUAACGCGAUCAGGAAGCAGUCAGAGGAAACAUAUGACACCAUUCCAGGUUCAACAAAGAUCACCUUCCUUCUCCAGGCCAUCCGAGAUGUUUCUGCUGCUGAGGAGGUUAAGCAGAUGGCCGCCGUUCUGCUGCGGCGAUUGUUGUCCUCAUCGUUUGAAGAAGUCUAUCCGAGUCUGACUGUAGAUGUUCAGAUGGCCAUCAAAACAGAGCUGCUUGCCAGCAUACAAAUGGAUGGAUCUUCUAGUAUUCGCAAGAAGGUCUGUGAUGUGGCUGCCGAGCUGUCCCGCAACCUGCUUGAUGACGAUGGUAACAAUCAGUGGCCGGAGCUCCUCAAGUUCCUGUUCGACUCUGUUAACUCUCAGAACGUUGCUCUGCGGGAAGCUGCGCUCCAUAUUUUCUGGAAUUUUCCGGGAAUUUUUGGCAACCAGCAGCAGCAUUAUAUGGAGGUUAUCAAGCGCAUGUUGGUGCAGUGCAUGCAGGACCAGGACAAUGCUCAGAUUCGUACCCUGGCAGCCCGAGCCACCGCCUCCUUCAUCCUGUCCAACGAGGGCAACUCAGCACUGCUUAAACACUUUUCUGACCUGCUGCCUGGAAUCCUGCAGGCAGUGGAUCAGUCCUGUUACAGUGGAGAUGAUUCUGUGCUGAAGUCUCUGGUAGAAAUUGCAGACACUGCCCCCAAAUACCUGAGGCCAAACCUGGAGGCCACGCUGCAGCUCUGUCUGAAGUUGUGUGCAGAUACCAACUUGUCGAAUAUGCAGAGGCAGCUGGCUCUGGAAGUGAUUGUGACGCUUUCUGAGACUGCUGCUGCCAUGCUGAGGAAACACACGUCAAUCGUGGCACAGAGCGUUCCCCAGAUGUUGGCUAUGAUGGUGGAUUUGGAAGAGGAUGAGGACUGGGCAAUGGCAGAUGAAUUGGAGGAUGAUGAUUUUGACAGUAAUGCAGUGGCAGGUGAAAGUGCUCUGGACAGAGUUGCGUGUGGCCUUGGAGGAAAAAUUGUGCUUCCCAUGAUUAAACAGCACAUUAUGCAAAUGCUGCAGAAUUCCGAUUGGAGGUACAGGCAUGCUGGUCUUAUGGCGUUGUCUGCCAUUGGCGAAGGUUGCCAUCAGCAAAUGGAGACAAUUUUGAAUGAAAUUGUCAACUUCGUUCUGCUUUUCUGCCAAGAUCCUCACCCUAGAGUACGAUAUGCUGCCUGCAAUGCCAUUGGUCAGAUGGCAACAGACUUUGCCCCUACCUUCCAAAAGAAGUUCCAUGACAAGGUGAUCUCUGCCCUGCUGCAGACCAUGGAGGACCAGUCGAACCCUCGCGUCCAGGCUCACGCUGCUGCAGCUCUGAUUAACUUCACAGAGGACUGCCCCAAAGCUCUCCUCAUUCCCUACCUGGACAACCUGGUUCAGCACCUCCAUGUGAUCAUGGUUGCCAAGCUUCAAGAGCUGAUUCAGAAGGGCACCAAGCUGGUGCUGGAGCAGGUGGUGACCUCCAUUGCAUCAGUGGCUGACACAGCAGAGGAGAAGUUCGUUCCUUAUUAUGAUCUUUUCAUGCCCUCCCUGAAACACAUAGUAGAGAACGCCGUACAGAAGGAGCUUCGUCUGCUCAGAGGAAAGACCAUCGAGUGCAUCAGUCUGAUCGGUCUGGCUGUGGGCAAAGAGAAGUUCAUACCUGACGCCUCAGCAGUGAUGCAGCUGCUCCUGAAAACACAGACUGACUUUAAUGACCUGGAAGAUGAUGAUCCACAGAUCUCCUACAUGAUCUCUGCGUGGGCCAGGAUGUGUAAGAUUUUGGGGAAGGAGUUCCAGCAGUACCUGCCUGUGGUUAUGGGUCCACUUAUGAAAACUGCGUCCAUUAAGCCUGAAGUAGCUCUUCUGGACACCCAGGACAUGGAGAACAUGUCUGAAGACGAUGGUUGGGAGUUUGUGAAUCUGGGAGAUCAACAAAGCUUCGGAAUAAAGACAGCUGGGUUAGAAGAGAAAGCUACAGCAUGUCAGAUGUUGGUCUGCUAUGCCAAGGAGUUAAAGGAAGGUUUUGUGGAGUACACAGAGCAGGUGGUGAAGCUGAUGGUUCCUUUGCUGAAAUUCUACUUCCAUGAUGGUGUGCGUGUAGCUGCUGCUGAGUCCAUGCCUUUGCUGUUGGAAUGUGCUCGGGUCCGUGGCCCCGAGUAUCUCACUCAGAUGUGGCAUUUCAUGUGUGAUGCUCUCAUCAAGUCUAUUGGCACUGAACCAGACUCGGAUGUGCUUUCAGAAAUCAUGCACUCCUUCGCAAAGUGCAUUGAGUUAAUGGGAGAUGGCUGUUUAAACAAUGAGCACUUUGAGGAAUUGGGAGGAAUUCUGAAGGGAAAACUGGAGGAGCACUUUAAAAACCAGGAACUCAGACAAGCCAAAAGACAGGAUGAAGACUAUGAUGAGCAAGUUGAGGAAACAUUACAAGAUGAGGAUGAGAAUGAUGUCUACAUCCUUACCAAGGUUUCAGACAUUCUGCACUCAGUGUUCAGCAGUUACAAAGAGAAAGUGCUUCCCUGGUUUGAGCAGCUUCUUCAGCUUAUAGUGAAUCUUGUGUGUCCACAUAGACCCUGGGCAGACAGACAGUGGGGUUUAUGCAUCUUCGAUGAUGUGAUUGAGCACUGCAGUCCCUCGUCGUUUAAGUAUGCGGAGUACUUCCUGAGACCCAUGAUUCAGUCUCUGUGUGACACCAGCCCUGAGGUUCGGCAGGCGGCCGCGUACGGGAUCGGUGUUAUGGCCCAGUUUGGAGGAGAGAGCUACAGGCCCUUCUGUACAGAAGCGAUUCCUCUCCUGAUCGGUGUGAUCCAGGCUGCAGAGUCCAAAGCCAAAGAGAACGUCAACGCAACAGAGAACUGCAUCUCUGCUGUGGGGAAGGUCAUGAGGUAUCGGCCUGAGUGCAUCAACGUCAGCGAGGUUCUUCCUCACUGGGUUUCAUGGCUGCCGCUCAACGAAGACAAAGAAGAGGCUGUGCACACUUUUAAUUAUCUGUGUGAUCUUAUUGAAUGCAAUAAUCCUGUGGUUCUCGGCCCCGACAAUACAAACCUUCCCAAGAUUUUCCUCAUCAUUGCUGAGGGAGUUGCUAAUGAAUCCAUUAAGAGCGAUUACGACUGCAGCAAGAGGCUGGCUAACGUCAUCCGUCAAGUACAGGUCUCUGGAGGACUGUGGACACAGUGUGUAUCCAGUCUUAAUGAAGCUCACCAAAAGGCCAUUCAGGAUCUCCUCAACACAGCAUGAGUGAAGCUGUCCUGUCCGCUCAGCCACCUUAUAAGAACUCUUUGAUUUGGAAGACGUCUUCGGAACCCUACCCCAUUCCUCUCCAGGAACUGUAGCAUGGCUUUAUUGUAGGACUAAGUUCCACACCUUCCCCUCCCAUUGGUUCAGCUUCCCAAAGAAAGUCUUCAGAGAAGAAUCCUUGGGCUCAUCUGAUUGAAAGUAGGAAGGUGAAGUCACUGUCAUUAGGUGUUAAAGUAUUUCCAGUGUAGGAACUAUACUUCUUCUCUCCAUAUUGAGUUAGCUCAGCCGUAUUAUCAAAAACUUCUCGUCUAUUAAAACGUAACACAAUCUGAGACUUCAUCUGAUCUCUGAAUCAAAACCUGCUUGUUGAGCUUGGAAGACUCAGUGGUCAGUUACACAGUUACUUUUGUUUGUUUACUUUUUUUUUUUUUUUUUUCCUUUGGUUUGGAUUUUUAUUUUAAAUUUUGUUUUCCUUUAUUUUUCUUUAUGGUUAACAAUGAAUGGGAGGAGGGGGUUGCAGCAUCUGUUUGCUCCGUGCAGGUGUGUUCUAACAGUAUGUUCUGUCUUUAGUCCACUCACUCCAAGAUUUAAAAAUAAAAAGAUUAUAGAUAA